AUGGCAUCCAAGGGACCGGAGUGUUCGAUCUGUUUUGAAGGUUACAAUGACAAAGACAAAUGUCCUCGGUUGCUGAGUUGUGGACAUAGCUUCUGCUCGUGUUGCUUGGAAAGGUUACUCCGUGGUAACACUAUUGAUUGUCCCAAAUGCAGAAAUCUAGUUGCCGUUCCUUCUGGGGUCCAUGGCCUGUUAAAGAAUUUUGCGUUACUGGACAUCGUGAACGAAACGGCACCCCAACAAACUGCUGAAAAUACAGAUCAUACAGGCACUCACGAAUGUGAGGCUUGUGAUGAGAAACACCCCGCGACUUUCUUUUGCUUGGACUGCAAAGAAAACUUGUGCAAGACUGCAGCUCAGUUUCAUAAACGCAGCAAAUUAAGUCGUGACCACCGGGUUGUUACCUUCAAGGAACUGAAAGCAAACCCUCAGCUGGCUUCUGUAUCGGUUCUCUGUCCGGAGCAUAACGAUCAAUUCCGCUUUUUCGACGAAAAUUGUGGUCAUGUUAUUUGUAGAGAUUGUUAUGCCCUUAAUCAUAACGGGCACAAGUUUGUAGUAGUAGCUGACGCUGCUUCAAAAUACCGACAGGAGAUGGAGGCGCUUGUCACCAAAGCCAGCUGUCAAGCCGAAAAGAUUAAUGCUGCUAAAGAUCAAGUGGUGAAUAAGCUUGUUUUAAUGGAAGAGGGUUGCGAAGUACAGCGUGAAAACAUUCAAGGCUUUUUUAGAAAGGUAUGGCAUAUCUUUGUUAUUGGGGUACCACUUACGAGUUACUAUCCGAAUUUCCUAUUGCUUUUUAACGGUUUCUGCUAACAAUAAUUAUAAAGAAACAAAAUAAUCUCAACGUGGAAUGCAGAAACCAGUGAUUUGUUAAUACCUAUCCUGAACUAAGGCCAAUGAACUAAAUAUUUAAGGGUAGGCCGCUCCCGGAUCAUGAUUGUUGAACGUAUUCACUGAACUCACCUUGUAGCUAGCCUAACACACGGGAUGUAAGCCCUAAGAACGUCCGCGCUAAAGGCUUCUUCAAGCCUGCGUGCAAACGUCUCCAAUUUCCUUUGGACACAGACUACGCACCUCGGAAAACACCUAUCAGCCGUUUUUGAUCUGGAUUGUUUGUGUGGAAUAGGUCCGCGGAUAUUACAGAGUGUGCGUUUUCUUUUGUAUAUUUAUAGCUUCAUUCUGCACUAUCUAACCGAGAGCAAGUUUUGAUGGAUAAGUUGUCCAGUAUACAUCAACAAAAGAAAUCCAUCCUCACGGAGCAGCUCGACCGUUUGGAAGUAAACGAAGCAUUUUUAAAGAGUGCAGCUCAACGAGCAAAGUCCUCCAUCCAAUCUCCGAGUGAUGUUCAGUUCCUACUCAACAGGCCGGAUAUAGUCUCGACGCUCGAGACCGAAAAAUGCUACUCAGUGGUACUUGAGCCAGAGGCACAGUUUAUUCCAGAGUUCACCGAGAGCGAAGAGAAGGGAAUGGUGAGAAUUUAAAUUGAUUUUAGUUAUCCAUGAAUUAGCCUGGGACCCAGACUAACGGUUUUCUUCGAACGCCAUUCUCUUCUCCGGGAUGAAUAUUCUGGCAGAUAUUCUUUACAUAGCAGUUGUCAUCUACCCUGGUCCCGGACGUUUUUCUGGAAAAUUUUCUCUGCGUAAGAGAGAACGAGCUGUGCAAAGUGGCGAUCUAGGACCAGGGUAGUUGUCAUUUGUCGAGUAGUAUAUGUUCAUUUCCGUGUGAAAUUUUCCACCAUUAUUCUCCAGCUCUAUCAAUAGAGCCUGAGCUGAGCUAACACAACCUCUUCCCCAGGGCGUCACAGUUGUCCACCUAUUUCUGCAGUUAUCCUGCACCAUUAACGCCUUUCUUGGCGAUAUCCCAAACGUCAUCCAAAUUUGGUCAACGCUAACUAGAAUUUGCCGAGGAUUUAAGCCAAUCAGAAAUGAGGAAAUAUUAAUCUCUUUUUACAAUAUGGUGGAUGCAACGCCCGUUGCAUCAGUGUCGCAGUCACUCCACAGUCCACACCGCCUGUAUAGAGUCUAUAGACUAUGUGGAAAACUGGGACUCAGUAUCACGUGUUUUCGUUUUGGGAAAUCCCACCCCCCACGAGCUUUUCCCUUGCUCGAAGAUUCUGAGUUUUUUUUGUUGUUGUCUCUGAAUGGUAGUUUUAAGAAGCUGCAUUGCUAGUCGAGUAGUAUAUUUAUGAAGUUAUUAAGUUAUCCCGUCUUAUUAAGUUAUUUAAUACUUUAGGUUAGCCUCUCUUCGUAGUCGUUAUGUACUUGCCUAAUUGUGUGGGCCAGCUUUGCGCACAGUCGUUGCCCAUGAUCGAUUACAGAGUACAGACACACCAAAAUUCAUUUCUCAGUUCACAAAUAUAAGAACUCAUCCAAAGGUUACUUAAAAUAUGGUUGUCGUAAAGACAAUUUUAUUCUAUAAAACUAUUAAGAAAGGGAAUAUCGAGUGAAAGAUGACUAAGCGUGCCAAGUAAAUCGCUUUUUUAGUAAAUGAGCUUUACGAAAUUGACUUUCUAAAGAAUGUAAAAUGCAACGAUCUCUUUCAGCCUGUCACGUACCGCUCCAACAAGAGUAUAGAGGCGGUUAUCCAGAGCGCAGGAGACAUCAGUGACAUAUCAACCUGUGCAGCAAACACUACUGCAACUGGUCCGGGAAUAAGAACUGCAAACCCUGGAAGGAAGGUGACAUUCACUAUUACUUCUCACGACGGCCGAAACUUUCAACGCAAGCUUGGUGGCGACGUUUUUGAGGUGAAACUGAAACCAGAGGUGGGAGGAGAUGAAAUAAAGGUAGAAUUGAACGACCAAAAGAAUGGAACUUACUUGGCAGAAUAUGCUGUCGACAAUCUGUGUGGCAAAUUAACGUUGUCGGUAUUCUUGCGAGGUGCACACAUCAAAAACAGUCCAUUUUCUGUUCUAGUUGAACCUAGAAGGGAAGAUGAGCGAGGCCAUAGACGUCCAGCUAGAAAUCCGAUCGAAACAAGGCAAGAUGGAUAUCCAGCUAGAAAUCCGAUCGAAACAAGGCAAGAUGGAUAUCCAGCUAGAAUUCCGAUCGAAACAAGGCAAGAUGGGUAUCCAGUUAGAAAUCCGAUCGAAACAAGGCAAGAUGGAUAUCCAGCUAGAACUCCGAUCGAAACAAGGCAAGAUGGGUAUCCAGCUAGAAUUCCGAUCGAAACAAGACAAGAUGGGUAUCCAGCUAGAAAUCCAAUCGAAACAAGGCAAGAUGGGUAUCCAGCUAGAAUUCCGAUCGAAACAAGGCAAGAUGGGUAUCCAGCUAGAAUUCCGAUCGAAACAAGGCAAGAUGGGUAUCCAGCUAGAAUUCCGAUCGAAACAAGGCAAGAUGGGUAUCCAGCUAGAAUUCCGAUCGAAACAAGGCAAGAUGGGUAUCCAGCUAGAAUUCCGAUCGAAACAAGGCAAGAUGGAUAUCCAGCUAGAAUUCCGAUCGAAACAAGGCAAGAUGGAUAUCCAGCUAGAAAUCCGAUCGAAACAAGGCAAGAUAGAUAUCAAGGUAGAAGACGAGGCAACAGGGAACUAGGCGAGAUCAGGAGCCGAUUACGGGCGUCGGAUAUCGUUUUUGACUAAGCCUGACGGAAGCGACCAUGGGAAGAGGAAAGACGAGGUGUUACUCGCUUUCUCGUUCCUGUCAUCGUUUGCUUGCAAAGUUUCGUAGCGAGAGGAUAUCUGGAAACGAGGCUGUUAAGACUUUUUUGAAAAGAAGGCGGCGCGACUCGCACAAACAUAAUUGUUAAUAGCGGAGCUCUCGCGCGCGAAGCGCGCGCAGCGGAGCACCGUGGGUAAGAAAAUGUGGUAAACUACCCAUCCGAGAAAAUUUGGUAAUCACGUGACCGUACACCGACCAACUGCCCGACCGUCCGUCCGCACCACAGGCAUACCAAUGUAAAAUAACUCAUUCAACAGGUAUGGCAACCCAAAUGUAACUCGAGGUUAUUUUGACGGGAAAUCGCAUAGCCACCCGCGCCUUGUGAAGCAGAGACAACUAAAGG